AUGAGCAGUAGGAUCGCUGAUAAAAAAUUGGCCGGCAGUGAUGGGGACAAGAAAGAGGGUGGUGGCGGUGGUGCUGACGAUGAAGAAGAUCCAGAGGUGGCUGAAGCUCGACGGGAAGCAGAUGAAAAACGCAAUGCAAAGUAUGCAAAAAUGGAACGACAACGUGAAGAAGUUCGACAAAACAUCCGAGAAAAAUAUAACAUCAAGAAGAAGGAAGAACCACUUCCACCAGUUCCUGCACCAUGCGAAGGACGUUUAACAGCUGAUAAGAAGGGACCGAUACCAUUACCAGAUGAUGAUGAUAGUUUCGACCCAAUUAAAAUGGCAACAGAUGCAUUCAAUAAUAUCACCGAAAAAUUACCUUUUAAACUGCCUUGGAAAUGA